UGGGAGCUCAGCUCCAGCUCGCUGUCUCCUCGUGCCAAGGCAAUGCGCUAAUCAUGACCGUGACUACUUCAGUCUCUCCCAUGCCUUCCUAUCACCCAUCUAGCUCGAAGGAGACCAACCUGCUUUCCAAACCCGCACCAUCCGGUCGCUGCCUGAGGCAUGUAACAAUCGUUACCCGUGCAGAAGUGGGAUGGAAUGCUGCCUUCCUGGCCUUAUUGGCUGGAGUUUUCCCCGGCCAUUUGUCUGCGUGGAUGCGCAUUGUAAAAUGUGGUACUAUGUAGAUGUGGAUAUCCAUUUUCAUUCAACCUAUCAAAUCAACGGUAUGUUUCAGCAUCUCCGUCGCGUUGGUUAACACACAGCCCGCUUUUACGCCGCAAUGGCUGUACCAUCUGCUUAAGGCGCUUUCGAGUCGAAGGGGUGAAGUCAAAUGUCAAAUGAAUCAAGGGGGAUCAAAUCCUGGCCCCCUACCUGCUCCUUGGGUGUGGCUUGAACUCUAUUGUGUGCGGUCUUGUCCAUGGUGGCAUGUGAUGCUGUGCGUAGCGGCGCAGUGCUACUGAGUACGGAUUACAAAGAA